AUGAAUACUGAAAACUAUCCUCUAAAAGAUUUUCACUAUCCAUGCAAGUAUGAAUUAAACAAAGAGAAUCCAUACCUUCAACCAGAAAUGCCACAAGAAGCAUUUGACCAAUUAUAUGACAAUUUAAAGAAAAUGGCAGUAGCUCAUUUAAGUAAGUACGAUCCAGAACAUGCAUCAAUUUAUCAACAAGCAUACUUAGAUUCAGAGAAGUUGUUUGACCCACAAUACAAAAUAAUUAUUAGAGACUUCUUUGUAGGUUUAUUUAAUCCUGAAGCCCCAAUAUUUAAACAAACUGUAAGAAAUAUUGUUGGUAAAUUAUGUAGUGCAAUGAGAUUCUAUGAAGAACGUAAAAUGUAUAAAGAUGAGUUGGAUAAAAUUGAGAUUAAAAAUCCAAUGUUUAUUGUAUCUUUACCUCGUAGUGGUUCAACUUAUCUUCAUAAUUUAUUAUCUACUGAUCCUCGUGCAAGUGGUAUUCGUUUUUGGGAACAUAUCUUCCCAGGAAGUAAAACUAUGAACAGGGAAGCAAGAAGACAAAUGAUAACUGAUAUUUUAAAUCAAGUUCAAGGAGAAUCUAAAGAAUUAAAUAAAGUACAUAACCUUGAUAGUGUGGAUAAUUUUGAAGAAGAGGCUUUCUUUAUGGAAAUGAUUGGACAAUGUUUCAUUAUGACAGGUGCACUUCCAAGAUUGGAACAAUAUCGUGUUCAUUUAUAUGAACUUGAUUUUCACUACGUUUAUGAAGCUCUUAUGGAUGAAUUAAAAAUGCACCUAGUUGAAUUUCCAUUAAAAGACAAUGACUGUUAUUUAUGUUUGAAAGGGGUUAAUCAUUUUGCAACAAUGGCUCCUAUGUUAGAUGUAUGUGGAAGAAAAGAAUAUAAUGCCAGAUUUAUUUGGAUUCAUAGAGAACCAGUUGAACAAAUUAAAUCAAUGGUUAUAUUAAUGAAUGUAGCUAAAGGAAGAUUUGAACAUGAUUUAGGUAAAGAUGAUAUGGUAUGGUUAAAUGAAAAUGUAAUUAAAGUGAAUGAAAUUAUUUUGAGAAACUCUAUUGCAGCACGUGAUGAAUAUAUACGUCAAGACCCAACAAGAGCAAAACAAUUUUUUGAUGUUGGGUUUGUUGAAGCAGUAACAAAACCAAAAGAAACGGUGAAGAAAAUUUAUGAUUACUUUGGCAUUGAAAUAACUCCAGAAGCUGAGAAACAAUUAGAACUUACCAUCAAAGAAAGAGAUCCUCAAAGAAAACAUGGAAGAAAACCACAUGAUGAAAGUCUAUAUCAUUUUGAUGAAGAUAAAAUCAGAGAACAAUAUAAAUUCUAUUAUGAUCGAUUUGGACAAUACAUGCCAAACUUUUAUAAUAAAAAAUAA